CCUUCCUGCCUCCCCGGGCCAUGUCUACAGAGAGCUCCCCCUUGCUCAGUUACCGGCUCUUCCGAGUAGCAGGUGAAGCCGAGAUGCCGGGGGCCACCCAGGAAGAGGCGCCCCUGGUUGUGGGGGUUGGGGGUAUGGCCUCCGGGGGGCCCCACCCCGAUCCAGCCCGGCAGCUGUCCACCUUCUUCGGGGUCAUCGUGCCAACGGUUCUGUCCAUGUUUAGCAUCGUUGUCUUCAUGCGCAUCGGGUUCGUGGUGGGCCACGCUGGUUUCCUGCAGUCCCUCCUCAUGCUGGUUGUCGCCUACCUCAUUAUCUCGCUGACUGUGCUGUCCGUCUGCGCCAUCUCCACCAAUGGGGCAGUCCAAGCAGGCGGGGCUUACUUCAUGAUCAGCCGGACUCUGGGCCCUGAAUUUGGCGGGAGCAUUGGCCUCAUGUUCUUCUUGGCCAAUGUCUGUGCUUGCGGCGUCUAUGUUCUCGGCCUGGUGGAAGCCAUCUUGGAUGUCUUUGGAGCAAACGGGACAGAGUCUCCUGGCAUGAAGACCCUCCCUCAGGGCUACCUGUACAGCUUCUUCUACGGCUCCCUCGUGCUCCUGCUAUGCCUCGUGGUGUGUCUGGUGGGGGCCCAGAUUUACUCCAAAGCUGCCUUCUUCAUCUUCCUGGUGGUCAACGUUGUCCUCAUCACCAUCUUCGCCAGCUUUUUUGCCGUCUCCCACCGCGAAGUUGUUGUUUCCCGAGGUGGCAACCAGAGCUUCAAUGCGUCCUUCACGGGGUUCAACAUCUCCACCCUGAGGGACAACAUGUAUGCCAUGUACUCUCGCGACUACACCACCACCAAUAUGAUGUCCUUUGCCACCGUCUUCGCCGUGAUGUUCAACGGCUGCACAGGCAUCAUGGCAGGCUCCAACAUGUCAGGGGAACUAAAAAAUGCCAGCAGCUCCAUCCCGAAGGGGACCAUCGUGGCCGUGGUCUACACCUUCGUCAUCUACUUCCUCCUCUUCUUCAUGACCAGCUUCACCUGUGAGCGGGCACUGCUGAAGGGCGACUACGGCUUCUUCCGCUCUAUCAACAUCUGGCCGCCCUUUGUGCUGAUCGGCAUCUACGCAGCCUCGCUCUCGGCCUCCAUGAGCAACCUCAUCGGCGCGUCGCGGAUCCUCCACGCCUUGGCCAAGGACGACCUGUUUGGGAUUGUCCUGGCUCCGGCAAAGAGAGUUUCCAAAGGGGGCAACCCCUGGGUGGCCGUCCUCUACACCUGGGCCCUGGUGCAGCUGGUGCUCCUGGUCGGGAAGCUGAACACCAUCGCCGGCAUCGUCACCGUCUUCUACCUCGUGGCCUACGCUGCCGUGGACCUGGCCUGCCUGGCUCUAGAGUGGGCGUCUGCGCCUAAUUUCCGCCCCACCUUCCAGGUCUUCUCGUGGCACACCUGCCUCCUGGGCAUCGCCUCGUGUCUGGUGAUGAUGUUCCUCAUCAGCCCGGCGGGUGCCUCAGGCAGCCUGGGCCUCAUGCUGCUGCUGCUGGGCUUCAUCCACCUCCGUUCGGCCGCUUCAUCCUGGGGCUACAUCAGCCAGGCCCUCAUUUUCCACCAGGUCCGGAAGUAUUUGCUUCUCCUCGACAUCCGGAAGGAUCAUGUCAAGUUCUGGCGGCCCCAGAUCCUCCUCAUGGUGGCCAAUCCCCGGGGCGGAUCUCAGCUCAUCAGGUUCAUCAACCACCUCAAGAAAGGGGGCCUCUUUGUGCUGGGCCACGUGGAAAUCGGAGAUCUGGACACGAUGCCCUCUGACCCCAUCCAAGCCCACUACAACUUCUGGCUGAGCCUGGUGGAUAAGCUGAAUGUGAAAGCGUUUGUGGACUUGACUUUGUCUCCCUCAGUUCGUCAGGGAACGCAGCAUCUGCUACGGAUCACUGGCUUAGGAGGGAUGAAACCCAAUACCUUGGUCCUUGGUUUCUAUGACAAUUGUGUCCCCGAGGAUUACUUCCUGCAAGACCCAGCCUUUAGCCAAGCACGGGAGAAUGAUGAGUUUGGGGUGGACCUGACUGCUCUGCAAGCGCACUUCCUGCCCGUGAGGGAAGGGGAUGGCCAGAGGGCAUUGAGUCCAGCAGAGUACGUGGCCAUCAUCUCAGACGCUGUCAAGAUGCACAAAAACGUGUGCCUGGCCCGCUACUUCCAUCUUCUGGAGAAGGACCCUCCCUCCUCGUCUUCCAAGAGGCGCUCGGAGGUGUACUACAUCGACGUCUGGCCUCUUAACCUCUUGCGCCCAGACACACCCACCUACGUGGACAUCUGCAGCCUGUUCCUCCUCCAGAUGGCCUGCAUCCUGACCAUGGUCAGCUCCUGGAAAGCUGCCCGGCUCCGUAUCUUCCUUUGCGUGGAGUCUGGGGAUGUGGGCUGGGUCAGCAAGGAAGAGAAGCUGAAGGAGCUGCUGACCAAGCUGAGGAUCAAAGCGACCAUCAAGAUUGUCACCUGGGAUCAAGCAGCAGCCCUCCAAGGUCACCAGCAGGCGGAUGGAAUGUCUCAGGACAAUGAGGGACCAACCUCUGCGGCAGAUCAGCUGCCUCCAUCUCCCCCUGGGCAGGGGGCAAGGGAGGCCUUCCUGAACACGGCCACCUUCCAUGUGACAGACGAGUACUUGACCUCUGUCAACAGCUUGCUGCUCAGGCAAGGGGGCCAAACGGCCGUGCGGUUCCUCUACCUCCCACGCCCUCCGGCGGAUACCUCUCAGUACGAGCGCUACCUGGAACAGCUGGAGAUCUUGACCACAGGCCUGGGGCCCACAUUACUAAUCCACGGGCUGACACCCGUCACCUGCACUGAGCUUUGA